AUGGGUGCCAAUCGACGUCACGGUAGUCGAUCAAAUCAGAGUAACCAACAACAAAAGCAGACAGAAUUUGCACACUCUAUCAACGAAAUAGAAGACAGCCAAAGUCCAAGGGUGGUUAUACCUUUUGCACUGCAACCUAAAGUGCUAACACUUCUACAUCAAGGUCAUUGGGGGGUAACUCGGAUGAAGCAAAUGACCCGCCGAUACUGUUGGUGGGCCAAUGUUGAUGACAUCAUUGAGUCAACAGUAGCUAAGUGCAAUGAUUGUCAAUCGAAUGCAAACCGCUCACCAAAGGAGUAUUCCAGUUGGACGACAUCAGAAAACUUUGUCAUUCAAAUGUCUUCAACUAUUCAUCCUUUACGUUCCAUAUUCGCCUUAGAGGGCUUAUCAAAAGUCAUCGUGUCCGACAAUAGCACACAAUUUACUCCUAAAGAGUUUCAGCAGUUCUGUCAAGAUCAUUCAAUUCGGCACAUAACCUCAGCUCCAUUCCACACCGAGUGCAACGAAAGGAUGGUAAGAGUUUUUAAAACGGCUUUUCCAAAAGUCAUGACUGGAGAUAGGACGGGCGAUGAUACACUCGCCACAUUCUUAUCCACUUUUCAAACCACACCGGACGAAAUUGGAAUAUCUCCAGUAGAAAAACUUCACGAUUGUCCAUCAAACUUUACUCUCUGCUAUGAUUCCUGGACAAAAAAGAUUUACUGA